AUGGCGCGUCACUCGAAUCCGGUUUCACGAAAGCUGAUGCCAAGCGGCUGGAGAGAGCUCGGCAUCAACUUCGACGACAUCAACGAAUGUGGCAUCCAGUGCCGCGAGGAUGUUGGAAAGACGUUCAAAGAGCCAAGCAGUCUUUGGGUCGUGAUCGACUUUCUCAUUUGCUACCGGGUGCCACUGAUCCUCAAGCUUUGGUCGCUGCUAGUCGCUGUGUACAUCUACCUGGGAGCAGGCUUGGGGAGCGACAUCACCACCUCCUUCAACGGCUCUUUGCUGUGGCCACAGUGGGCGAGAGUCAACUUCAUCCAAUAUACUGCCAUCGCAGAUGCUAGCCUGGGUGCCUGCCUGGAGCUCAUCACGCUGAGCUACGCGUGUUGGCAGAGGUUGCCCUCACUCUGCUACUGGUCACCCGGGCGUUGCUGUCCCUCCCUUUGCAUGCGAUCUCCUGGCGUUCCUCGACUUUGGUGGCUGGCCAAGCGCAUGGUGAGCCUGGUGAUGUUCACGGUCGGUGGUGCUUUCCUCAUCUUGGGCGCCAAGUUCAGGAUCAAGCCAUGGCAGUGCCGGCAGUCGGACUCUGGAGACUGCAGAGACCCGCGUGCAGCUACCUUCGAGGAUCUCAGAGACACGCUCCUGGAAGACUGGCUCUACUGGGGGAUCCGCGUGAUCCUUUUCUGCUUCAUGCAGUUGAGGAAAGGGCCGAUCUUCAUCUACGGCACCCCGUGGAAAAAUGCACGGCGAGAUGGUGGCCGCGGCUGUCGGGAGAACUUCUUGAAGACAGAUCUUGUGGUGCUGCUACUGUGGGCACUGAUGCUCACGAGCAGCAUUGUCCUGGAGAUCUUCAUAAUUCUCCCAGCUAUGAAAGGCCUCGACCUGAACUCCACCUGCGGCCUUGACUUCUUGGGUCAGGUCAUCGGCAUCCCAGCACAGGUGGGUGAAUGUUCAGAGAAGGAGAACCUGCUCGACUUUGGAUGUGCGACCUGCGUUUGCAGCGUGCUCUUUGCACUGACCUUGGUCCUGGUUGGGUGCAUCGUUGACAUCUACUUCAUUUUCUACAUCUUCUCGGCAAUCGGCGGGCUGUGCAUGGGUCAGUAUCGACAGCUCAAUAGUGUCAAGAGAGUCGACGUGCCGAUCAACCUCAGACCAGGGGGAAAAGACGCCGGACGCUUCCAAGCGAAGAUCGGGCCCGGCUGGCGUAUGGUUUGGGGACGCAUGGUACACAGCUUGUUGAGUGAGUCUCUCAUCGACCAGCGCAUGGCAGAGUGGCUGCGGAAGGCUGCGGAACCGCCCGGGGGGGAGGUCGACCCAGGCAGACUUCACCGGCAUCACGAGAAGAAAGACCUGCCAGACGAUAAGCACAAGGACAAGCUGAUCCACUUGUCACGCUUCCCCCAGAUCGUGGCAGAGCGGCUCGCCUUCUUCUUCCAGUCUCUUGAGAGGAUCCAGGAACCGGGCGACGGCACACAGGUUGAAGAAACCGACAAGCUUACAUCCCCGGAUUUCGAGCCGGGCACGGUUCCAUCGCUGACGCAGAUAAUCCCCUGCUACCAAGAGAUGGUGAUCCCAACCUCCGACUUCUUGCGGAAGGGUUCAUCCCCGGAGGAUGCCAAGAACCAGAGCCCCAACGACGAGCACGGCAUCGGCGAUUUGACUGCACCGCCGCUGGGCGAUGGGGUCAACACGAACCUGGCCUUCAUCAUCUCCCAAUUUCCAGAUGAGUGGCUCUUCUUUGCAAAAAGGGUCUACAAGGACGAGCGGGGCAGUUUCCUCGAGCUAUACAAGCUCUUCAUAGAGGACAAGCUGCCAGCCCUGGCACCCCCGGGGCAGCUGGGCCUGGAUUUGGAGCUCGAGAUCCGUCUCUGGGCUGCGAUGCGCACCCACUCCGUGGCGAAGACGGUGAUCGGUGCGCUGCAGUACCAGCAUGCGUUGUCCUCAUUGCCCAAGAUAAGGAAGUACUACGAAAACACCGGCAAACGGAUCCCAGAGGAUCAUGCCGAGCUGAUACUCGCGGAUCAGACCUUCGGACAGCGUGUGCCAGACGGAAAUCCGGAAAACGACGAUGCGGUGAAGCAGCUGCUGCGGAGGUACGCAGACGAUCCUGUCUACCUCGUCUUCGAUGUGAACGAGAAGACUGGUGCCGAAGUUCGGAACCUCGUCUGGAGGUCAGUGAAGGAUUCUGGACAGUACACUGGAGGUGACGAAGCGCCCUUGAGGGAAGGCUCCCCUGGCAUAGGAGAGGAGAACAUCCCCUACAAGUAUGCCAGCGUGAAAUGCAGGUGGGACAAGGAAAUGGGUCUCACAGUCGUGGAAGUGCUGCCACGGAUGUUUCCCCUGCGAAUAGGCGAAGGGAACUACAAGACGCAGGGCAAGGCCUGCAACCAGAUGAACGCUCUCUGGUUUGCGGCGGGUCACCGCAUUCAGGCCCUGGACUGCAACAUGGGCGCCUUCAUCGGCGAGGCUUUCAAGAUUCCUUAUGUGCUUCGGCGGUUCCUGCCCUUGGGCCAGAAGAACCGUGUGGCCUCUCGCUGUCGCUACCUGGGAUUCCGGGAGUAUAUCUACACCGGCCGAGAGGGGACAGUGGGCAAAUGCCAUGCAGCCGCGGAGUGGACCUUUGGUACCAUCUACCAGCGAUUUCUGAGCGGCAUGGGCAUCCGAAUGCACUACGGUCAUCCAGAUUUUGUUUGCGCCUUUUGGGCGCGAAAUCGAGGUGGAAUGAGUAAAGGCUCUGCCGUUGUGAACCUCAGCGAGGACAUUUUUGCAGGUUACAACCUCCACAUGCGCGCCGAAGCGUCGCCGCACGUGGACGUGUUGGAGUUCGAGAAGGGGCGCGAGGCCGCUUUCAACGCCGCGUCGCUCUUCUUCUCGAAGAUUUCCGCGGGAAGCGUGGGCAUAAUUCGUUCUCGAGACAAUCACCUGCUAUGCGAAAGGAUUGGUGUUCUUCAUUCUUUAUCGUUCUACUUCACCUCCGUAGCAUUCUACGUUAGCAAUCUCUUGAUCGAUUUCUCCAUCACACUAUACGUCACCCUUUUCAUCGUUUUCACGCUAGCCAACAUCGACUUGACGAAGCUCUCGGCUUUGGGCUCCUCCUUCAAUGGGGAGUGGCUCUUGUCGCUGGGCAUCAUGAGUCUCGUCCCGCAGUUUUGCGAGAUGAUCCUCGAGUUUGGGGCCAACCGAGCAUGCAGGGAGGUCUUCGGCGGCCUUCCGGCAUCGACGAUGUUCUUCAUUUUCCAAAACAAAAGCAUCGCCGCUGCCAUGCGCGCUGGCGCCAUCUCCGGACUCGCAAGGUAUGCAGGAACCGGGCGACCUCUGGCGAACCUCCACCAGACUUGGAAGGACAACUACUGCAACUACUUCAAGUCGCACUACACACCCUCGAUCCGUCUUAUGGUGUUGUACAUUGUUUACAACCUGCUCGCAAGCCAGACAUUUCAGGGUCAGCUGCCGAUGUUCUUGGUGGUUAUCUCUUUCACAUUCUGGAUCGUUACGCCCGUGAUCUUUGCGCCGUUUGCGAGAUGCACAUUGAUCACACAGGACCUGCGAGACUUCAAUGGCUUCAUCAAUGGUCGUGCUGGCAUCUCGGAGGCCGAGCUCGACGACCUCGUGGAUCGUGGCCGGAAGAACAAGAUGCCUCGCACUCUCUUCGAAUGCGGCUUAACGGACGCCAUUCUCUACUGGACUGAUGUGCCGUGCUCGGUGCUUCUUGCAAAGCUCGUCGGCAGGUUUGUGUUCUGUGCCGCGCUCGCGGUGGCCCUCCCUUCGGAGAUCAUGGACUUCCUCUGGGUCUACUCGGUUCUUCUCUGUUUCCAGUGGUUGCUGGUCUUCGGCUUCUUCUACUUCAAUCUGAACAACAUCCUUCUCAUGUCGUCUUGGCUGGUUUGGCUCGCAGUCUUUCUUGUGGGCCGCCUUUAUGUCAUCGGCGUGAUUGGUGAGCAAGCCACGACACCCUCGCUUUGGGUGCGUCUUCCGGAGUUCUUCAUUUCGUUUCUCGUUUUCGUGGAGUACUUAGGUUUCCUGCAUCACCUGGUCCUCACGGUCUUUCGCCUAGCGGUGGCAGCAGUGUCGGAGGACGGCUGCUUAUGCCUCCACAUGAAGCGACGCAUCCCACGUGAAUCCAGCAAUCGAAGGCUCCAUCGGUGCAUUCGGCUCGCCCAUGUGUUCUUCUUCUCGCAUCAGUUGCAUACCUUACAGGCCUACAUCGUGCUUGUCGCAAACCUGAUGACUUCCCUGUUCCUCGCGAGCACGGACAAGGUCUUCUGCAACCUGAGAAUACACACGUGGUGGCUUCUUAACUCGGUUGCUGGAGACCCGAAGUACUUGGAGAGCGAGACGACGUGGCUGGAGGAUGCGAACAGGCUCGGCUUGUCGGACACGUCCUCUACGGUUACAGCCGGCGACACGUCCGAGGAAGCCAACGACAGUGGCUCGUCCGAGGUGGGGUCCCACCGGCGCCUGCUAACGGCUCCAGCGACGGUGCCAACCGGUCCGGAACGACCCCGUCCCGCGACCAUCACGAGCCUCGGAGGAACUUGGCCAGACCCUCCCUUCGGGUCUACCUGGCGGGACCUAG